GUUAACCUUUGCCAUUGUAAAGAAGUGCAGACUUAAAUACCGCGUUCUGUCUGUUAUCUUCAUUUUCCCUCUCCCUCUCUAGACCCCUGAUCGAAUCCCAUUGCUUGGAGUUCUUUAUUUCAUCGUUCGAGAAUAACUGCGACUCUGGAUGUUAAUGCGGGUUGUGACAAGGUGUGGCAACAAUCACCUGACUGCUACAACAGUGACGCCGGUUAGUGAUCCGACCACCAACCCGCUCCUCACGCCCGCCUGUUGUCCCCCGCAUCCCAUGCUCGCUCACUAACCCUGGCUGGCGACACUGAGGGAGCCGGGCGGGAAGAGUGAACAUUACAUUGAUACUUGGUGCUGAUCACGCUGUCAUGUCCCUUUAUAGUGUGAAGUUUUGUCAAAGCCAGUAUAGUUGAAAGUACAUAAAGGACUGCUCACUAAUUUCUUGUUUUGCUUCACUGGAUGAAAUUUCGUUGCAGCUGCUGAAGUUGAAAAGUGUAAUGUGUUAACCAGGGAUUGAUACUGUAGUGACUUAACUAUUUUCCUUUUCUUUUGGUUUAAGUUCUGUGGAAGUCGGCGAAAUAGAAAAUUAGGCAGGAAGAGUCAGAAAUGAACUGAUAUUUGUGGUGAACUUUGUGACAAGUUUAAACUGCAAGAUCAUCGUCGCCUUGAAGAACGUAACUGAGUGUUUAAAGAUAAAACUCUAGCGAAAAACACACUAAUACUACCUUGAACUUUGUGAUUAGUUUGAACUGCUAGAACGUCAUUUAAGUUAAAAAUUGAAAAAAAAAAAAAAAAAAAACUGAUACUGCGCAAGUUCGGUAAUCCUUUUGGACUUAAGUAGGUAACCAAGUGUUCGACAAGAUGCUCCGGGAAAGCUCCGUGCCAUACUCGAGUCUGCCGCAAGAGGAAGGCGAACAAACCUACAUCACUACCCGCACAUCUGGGCCUAGCGAGCCGAACACCAACAUCAAGGGCCGCCUCGCAUCCAUCGUCGUGCUCCUUCUGCUCAUCUGCGGCGUGCCCCUCAUGAUAAUCGCCCCGCUAGCCCUGACUCGAGGCAAUGAGCGCGUCGAGACUUACGUGAACCUUCCUCACAUCUCGGGAGAAGACAAAGGGGAUGGUUUGAAUAAGGAUAACCAAACCCUACUCAUUAGUUCAUUACCGAUCCCUACACAGCAAGUAACGAUUCCCAUUCCGGUGAUCAAGAAUACCUCACCCAAACCCCUCGUCCCUGCUCCUCCACCCACGACUACCACCACCACAACUACGACUACUACUACCACUACCACUACUCCCCCUCCUACUACCACUACCACCACCACCACCACCACCACCACUACUCCUGCCCCUGUAACCACUCGUCCUGUUAAUGUUACUCACACUGCUUCCGUUCCUAAGCCCACCGUGGAAGGAGCCAUCGAGGGAAGCGGGGAAAACCAGACAGGAGCCACAGAUAUGCCUGAAUCCCAGAAGGUUCCCGAGGGCGGCUCAGAGAGUGGCAGGGGCAGUGCCGACAUCCCCUACACCCCCUCGCAGACCUUCAACAGCAUGAUGAGCAACCUGAUGUCAAAGCACGAGUGGUGGACGCUGGCGAUCCUGGCGGUGGUGGCGGCUCUGGCCCUGGCUGCCGUGGUCUCGGCCUUCACCUGGCUCAUUUAUAAUCGCCUUGCCUCGCGCCGCCGCAGGACCAACUUAGAGAAAGUGAUAACCGAUUUGCAGUCCAAAGACAAGGUUGUGCUGCUCAACUCCGAGGAUUCUGAGGACGAGGCGUAGGCAGCGCAUCCUCUGACAUGCACGUGAUCGCCUGGCGCGCUGUGACGUCUUACUACUGUCUUCCUGUCUGCCACACCAUUACAUCGUACGCUUAUGAUACAUCUUAUCUAUUUCAGCUGAUGUGAUCGUUAAUUUGUGUGCGUUGACAAUGUGAUAACACGUUUCUCUAAGCUAUUCGUGUUUUCAAGCGCACUGACUUCUCAUUAGCCUUAACUAUACGUCUUUCCAUCCAUUUAUCGUUUUUACGAAAAUAGAAAGUCAUAAAUUUGCAAGAUUCCCUUAUACGUAAGGCUUGCUUUGGUUUGCUGCCGAGACUGAUGGAGGCAUUCAUUGAAUUUUCUGUUGCAAUUAAGGUUAACAUCAGUCCUUUAUUAUAGUGUUAAGUUUAACUGCCCCUAUACCCAAGUUCCAUUUUACAUAUGAGUAUAUUAACUUAUCACGGGUUUGCCAUGCAGACCACGCGCUGCCCACCUGCGGCAUGCCGCACCUCGGCAAUUAAUGAAGCAGAGGGACCGUGAGGUAUCUUUUAUAACCAAAGCCAGGUUCAGAAAUCGUGGGUACAGCCGCUGUAAUAGUACCCUUUAUAGCUUCCCGCAGAGGCAGGUCACCCAAGGAGACGAGCAUAACUUCGGGCACACGCCCGGCACCCGUUCACUGCUGAGUAGACAGAGGGAGAGGUGUAAACAGACUGCUUAUCUUUCUCGGCUCCGUGCCACCCCGAGCUGAGCCUUGGCGUGCUCGUUCGUUCCCCCGUAAUUGAGACUUCACGGUAUACAGUGCCUAUUACAUAACACGGUAUACAGUGCCUAUUACAUAACUGAAAUCACGGAUGUUGCUACUUCCGUAUACAUGGUAUGAUGUACGUAUAUAUAUAUAUAUAUAUAUAUAUAUAUAUAUAUAUAUAUAUAUAUAUAUAUAUAUAUAUAUAUAUAUAUAUAUAUAUAUAUAAGCCAUACUGUUUCAAUGUGUAUUAAAUUUGAAUGGAAAUAACUGUGUUAUUAGAGGAGUGAGUGAAGGCACGUCCGUCCUCGUGAGCAUGAAGACAGAAGGCACUCAUCCCAGACUUUUUUGUUUUUAGAUCCUUUUCUAUGUGUGUGUGUGUGUGUGUGUGUGGGCGUGUGUUUUUCUGUGCUUCUCUUUCAAUAAAAUAGCUAACCAUGCCACAAUACUGUAUGUUCUAUUAUACGACUUGCUAGCUCAUAAAGGGAUUAACAGCAAUAUCAAGAAAGAGUUAUACACUGAAGAAAACACCACCACCAUCGACAGCAGCAGCAGCAGCAACAACAACGAAAAAUCAGGUGCCACAAUGAGGGAAAUCCACACCUCACCACCACCACCGCUAGUAGUCACGCGCGUUAAGUCCCUCACCACCACACACCAACACGUCCCGAGGCAUGAUGCUGGGCGCCACUGAGCAAACCUCGUGGACAUGACUCCACACACACACACACACACACACACACACACACAUUCAUACUUUAUUUUUCUCUCAUACUUCACACUGUUACAAGUAUUGUGGCCUUCCAACCAUACCAAGACACAAUCGUCAACACUGGUAGACACUGAAUUCUAUAACCUCCUCACCUUCAUCUUGUAGCCUCCAUCCAUCCAUCCAUUCAUCCCUGUCCACACAGUUCCACCACUCACCUUGCCACACGAAUUCAUCCCCUGCACUCACGAUGCGCCAUGACCACUAAGGUGAGUUUCACGCAGGUCUAAAUCAUCCACUCUUGCACAACUUACAUCUCUUACAUACGAAAAUUUAAUUUGCAAAGAAGCAAACAUCCUCAUUGUGUUCACUACUGAUGCAAAUAACCCUACUACCAUAUUUAGCUUCUGAACACAUUAAUUUUUUAUUCGGUGUCCAUUUGAGUAAAACUAAAUAGCCUUCCUAUAAAGUAACGAAACAAGUACAACUGUAGCAUGGAAUCAGCCCGCACAUUACAACACACCACUCAUGUCCCUCAGUGGAUCUUUACACAUUACAACACACCACACUCUCGCCUCAGCGGAUCUAAACACAUUACAACACACUACACACUCGCCUCUCAGUGGAUCCAUGAAGGUUAUGAAACAAGCACACAAAAUGAUAGUCGUUUAUUUUGGUGUCCCCGAUAGAGCAACUACUGACCCUUCACCAACCCGCUUAGCACACAGGAAUAUCAACUCGACUGGGCACACAGGCAACACGUCCUGCCUUGAGCAUGAGUGCGUACCCCAUCACACCUCGCGCGACCAAUGCUGUACACGAGGUGCUGACUUGGUAAAGAACGUCAAAUGAUCAUAAAAAUAAAGACCUAGUGAAGAAGCACAAUGCCAAGGUGCGUAAAGUUUCAAACAUGACAUUAAAGAAAACGUUAAGGGUUAUAUUUCACUUUUUUUUCGUUCUCGGAGCUUGGCAAUGCACUUAAUGGACGAUAAACAAAAAAAAAAAAAAAGAUAAGAGUGAAUGUUGACAGUUGUGCCCAGGAGUGGAGAGUAUAAGUGGUCCAAGGGAAGUUGUCAUAUGCACAAAACUGAACCUUAGAGUGUCAAAUACCUAGCACCUGUCUGUCUCUCGAACACACCUGCCUUUCUGCCCAGGUGCGUCUCAUCAAUGGAAGUUUUAGUACAAUUUAUCAAUACACGCUUGGUAGAUCUUACGUGUCCGUGUUGCAUUAACUAAACGUAUAUAAAAUAUUCAUUAUCUCUCCACGAAUCACAAUCAGAUUAAAACUUUAAAAAAAUAGUUCGUGUUCUCUUUUUCUCUCAUCAGUACCAGAUUCUGAGCAUAUUAACAACAGAGAAUAAUCAUAAUAAACCUACAACACAAUGCUCAUGCUUAUUUGGCAAUGGUUUACACGACAAUUAUACAAGACGAAGAUUUAGAAGUGCAUUGUGAGUCAAGUGAGAAGCUUCCUGUUUCUCCCAUCAAAAUGUACAUGAACGAAAGCAAGCGAAACAAUGCACCCAUAAACCAGCGUCUUCAUUCCCUGUAUAACGUUGUGUUUCGAGCAAAAUUAACAUUAACUGGAAGAAAAAAAAAGAAAAAAAAAAAAAAAAAAACUUAAAAUUAUAGCUGCCUGUUGGGGCUGUCAAUUCAUAAGUUAAUAGCAUCAGUGUUAAUUGUAUUGAGAAGAGUUUACGGCAAGUGGUGAGAGUGAUGAAAGUGUACGAGAUAAAGGUUACUUUGAAAUCAAUAACUUGUCAGGAAGCAAAUGUUAUGAGCAUUACAGUAUCUGGAAAGAUAUGCCUGGGUUUUGCCUGGGUAUUUCAGUCAUUCACAAACUGCUAUCAGGAUGCCACGAGUGAACUGACCCAAAAGUAUAGAAUAACAAAAUUUGACAAGCUAAAUAUGAUCUUUACUGGACUCAUUUUGAAAGAUUGACAGUAAAAGUGUAAUGCUUUCAUAGAUAAUUGCAAAACUGUUAAGACCUUUUUGAAAUUCUGAAUCGCAGUGGUGACAUCAGUGCACCAGACAGGUCAGUUCUUGUCUAUGAGUAUCGCAAAGUCCUGAUUUCACUUUCCUCAAGUAUUGGUGAAAAGAGUACGAGUUUGUUAUCCAGAGUAGAUAAGCACACGAGGCUUAUGGCACUAAACUAUAGCUACACUAUAGUGAGGAUACAGACAUUAUGAAGGCAAGGCAGCAUGUGUAGUCAAAUGUGUAAUAAACGAAGCUUAUUAUGGUUUUAGUGAGGUAUUUUUUGCUCUUCCGUCCAAAGCUCAAAGCAAGCGAAAUUUAGCAACGUGUGAUAUGCAGACUUAACUAAUUUACUGCUAAAAUAGUGAAUAGUGAACAGACUACCAGUGACGGUGGCUGAGCAGCACAGACGCUUCAUUCACAAAGAUAACUUCCAAAGGUUGCAGGUUCAACACUUGAAUGCAAAAUCAUGAUGUGUUUUAACAUUCUCGUGUGGUUUUGUGGCGCGACUCCCAAUCAUAGUGUCUGUAUCCUUUGUUGCAGGUUACAAAUCUUUACCUUGUGACAAAUUAAGACUUUCAA